UCACCACGUCACUAACCCGGAAGUGGGUCGUCGCGUCUCCGGUCUUGGCUGGGUUUGUUGACAGCUUCCUUUCAGGAGCAAAACUCGAGACCAAAGCUCCUCAUACUACAGUAGCACUGCAUCGUAGGACUGAAGGUGUCAUACCACGGAGUAGUGUCUGAUAAUACUACAGUAGUACUGUAUCGUAGGACUGAACGUGUCAUACCACGGAGUGUCGUGUGAUAAUACUACAGAGUAUCGCAACACUACGGACUGAAGAUGAACGUGACGCUGGCAGUGAAGCAGUACGUCACCAGGAUGAUCGAGGACAGCGGGCCGGGCAUGAAGGUCCUGCUGAUGGACAAGGACACGACCAGUAUCGUCAGCAUGGUGUACACCCAGUCAGAGAUCCUACAGAAGGAGGUGUAUCUCCUGGAGAGAAUCGACUCUCAGAACCGGGACAACAUGAAGCACCUGAAAGCGAUCUGCUACCUGCGUCCUACCAAGGAGAAUGUGGAGAGUCUGAUCCAGGAGUUGAGAAGACCCAAGUACAGCGUCUACUUCAUCUACUUCAGUAACGUCAUCAGUAAGAGUGAGAUCAAAGCACUGGCGGAGGCCGACGAACAGGAAGUGGUGGCCGAGAUCCAGGAGUUUUAUGGGGACUUCAUUGCUGUGAAUCCUCAUCUCUUCUCCCUUAACCUGCAGGGCGUUGCCAGGGGGCGGAGCUGGGACCCCACCAUGCUGGCCCGCUCCACUCAGGGCCUGACGUCGGUCCUGCUGGCGCUCAAGAAGUGUCCGGUCAUCAGAUACCAGCUGUCCUCCGACAUGGCCAAGAGACUGGCCGAGAGCGUCAAGCUCAUCAUCACUAAGGAGUACGAGUUGUUUGACUUCAGGAAGACUGAAGUUCCUCCACUGCUGCUGAUCCUCGACCGCAGCGACGACGCCAUCACCCCCCUCCUCAACCAGUGGACGUACCAGGCGAUGGUCCACGAGCUGCUGGGUCUGAACAACAACCGCAUCGACCUGUCCCGCGUCCCGGGGAUCAGCAAGGACCUCCGCGAGGUGGUGCUGUCGGCCGACAACGACGACUUCUACGCCAACAACCUGUACCUAAACUUCGGGGAGAUCGGCACCAACAUCAAGAACCUGAUGGAAGACUUCCAGAAGAAGAAACCGAAAGGACAGCAGAGGCUGGAGUCCAUCUCAGACAUGAAGGCCUUCGUGGACAGCUACCCCCAGUUCAAGAAGAUGUCGGGGGCAGUGUCGAAGCACGUGACGGUGGUGGGGGAGCUGUCCCGCCUGGUGGCGGAGCGGCAGCUGAUGGAGGUCUCAGAGGUGGAGCAGGAGCUGGCCUGUCAGAACGACCACUCCAGCGCCCAGCAGAAGGUGCGGCGGUUGCUCCGCCUCCCGGGGGUGUGUGAGCUGGACGCCGUCCGCCUGGUGAUGCUCUACGCUCUGCGCUACGAGCGCCAUAGCAACAGCGCGCUGCCCGCCAUGAUGGAGGAGCUCGCCAAGAGGGGCGUGUCCGAGAAGUACCGCAAGAUGGUCCACAGUGUGGUGGAGUACGGGGGGAAGCGGGUGAGAGGAAGUGACCUCGUCACGGCAACGGACGCCGUGGCGAUCACCAAACAGUUCCUCAAGGGGCUCAAGGGCGUGGAGAACGUGUACACUCAGCACCAGCCGCUGCUACAGGACACUCUGGACCAGCUGGUGAAGGGGAAGCUGAGAGACGCACAGUUCCCCUACCUGGGGGCCAGCAGCCUCAGAGACAGGCCCCAGGACGUGCUGGUGUUCGUGGUGGGCGGGGCCACCUACGAGGAGGCGCUGUGCGUCUACAACCUGAACCGCUCGGUGCCCGGGGUCCGCAUCGUCCUGGGGGGCACCACCGUGCACAGCACCAAGAGCUUCCUCGAGGAGGUAACCAUGACGACCGGCAACAUCAGCGACAGGGCCGGAGAGGGGCGGAACCUUAGCAGACGCUGAACACACACACACACGCACACACACACGCACACACACACGCACACACACGCACACGCGCACACACGCGCAUGCGCACGCACACGCACACGCACACACACGUAUGUGUUGUGAUAUCAUUAAGUUAUGUUGUGAUUCGUUAUGAUUUGAUUGUUGUCGGUCUUUCUGUUGUGUUGUUUGUUUGUGUGAUUAUUUUGAUGUAAUAAAGUGUUACACAGAG